AAUUUUCGACGGUACGAAGAAAUGAUAUUCGUGUUUCUAAGACAUGUGAACAUACACUAAAGCAAGGCUUCAACAUCGUGGAAUCCUGUGGCAUCAUCAAAGAUAACACGAAAGUAAUUCGACUGUGCCGACUGUUUAUGAACAUUUAAUGCGUACAAUGGUGUUGAAAAGAAGACGAGGAGUGUCUUACCGAGAAGCAACGAAUAUCAGCAGUCAAAGAAGGUCAACUUUUAGUGCACCGCAACAGAGUAUAGCUGUCAGACUAUCACUUUGGUAUGCAGCGAUGCAAGUCAACUCGCUAAACUUGGAUAAACUUUUUUUAUACACAGUGACAUCGUGUUUGAUUUGAUAUGCUGAUAGAAAUUGAACCGUGAUGCAGGAGUCACGACUUCUGCGGCCAUUUUCGAUAGGCAGCAGCAGUACAUUUAAGUUCUACGUAUUCUGCAAUUGCUGUUGUUCGCACUCCGUACGCAGUGAGAAGAAAUCUUACAUGACUUUACAUAGUAACGAAAUGAAAUGGGCUACAAGAUUGCUUCUCUACUUGGAUGCAAAGAGAACGUGCUGGGUUUGUUGCAGACGUCAGUAUAUAUGAGCCAAU